AUGCAGAGGCAACGAGCUUUUUUUUCCAAGUCUACUCGCGAGGUGGGCUUUUUGAGUCUGUUUUUGCAGCUCUUUCCUUCGCAUUUUGUAGUUUAUAAUUUUCAGAAGUUCUUGUGCCGCUCGUUGUCUCCCGAUUCUCGUGGAAAAAAGUCGACUCUUACUCACUCAAUAUACAAAAUCUUACCACACUUGCAGAAGUGCCCAGUUGCAUUUUUUUUGAAGAACGUGAUGCGUAUACGGGACACAAUGACAUUGAUAACAACUACACCGGAACCCGGGUGCUGGUGUGGCCCAAUAGGUGCAGUUUGUUUGAAAAAAUCGCAAGCAUAAGAGGCACCCAGCGUGAACCGAAGCAAACACACAGGCACCAGGGCUGCCGCGUGUUGUUUUUAUUCUAUCUUCCGCUUGAUGCAGAAACUGAAAAUCAAAAUAUUAAUUAAGAUAUGUCUACAAAGACCUUGAGCUUGACGAGCAGCAGGAGCAGAGCUCUAUUAAUUUCCUUUUCUGCUCUCAUUCUUUAUUUGGUUUCUUGUUUUUGAAAGUCACUCCCACACCCACUGCUCUUUUUCGUUGACGAUAUUUUUUUUAUAUAUAUCAUAUAGAAGAAGAGGACUUCGAUUCCUACCCGCCUUUGGUGCUUUAGUCGCGUAUUUUUCUACAAGCAAGAAUGGGUGAUGAAAGAGGGAGUCAACAAAGCUAAAGCUGUACUAUGUACAUGGCAGGCGAAGGUGUGGCCUCCGUACAGCUUGAAUGUGGAAAGGCACAGGCUUCAUUCAACGGGGUCACCUCUAUGGCAACAGGGCAGUGGCUUUCAAUCCUGCCGUGUGUCGGAGAAGGGUAAGGGAGCAUUGCCGACUCAGGCUCCCUAUCGUCGUCAAGAAAUUGAUCAAAGAACUUGAUCUGUGCACAGAGAUGCGUCAGCUUUCGUUUUUCCUAGUAUUCCUAUUUUCAAUUUUCUCGCGCAAAUUUUUUUAUAGGAGUCUGCUUUUUGUUGGUUCCAGCUCGCUGUGAGAUAGUGAAAUCUUGAAAUCUAUAUUGCAGAUGUCUGCUCGUCAAAACGUCAAGCAGCCAACAAGUAUCAGCUGUGUCUGCAGCAGGUUGUCGUUUUUUUUUCAUCAAUCACUGAAAAUGAGUUGUAUGUAAAGUCUGUAGUAUCAGGUGAUAUGUCCGAAGCAUGAGCCUAAGAGCGAGAUGCCAGGUAUAUCAAAAAAUGAAACAAAGCGACUAAGUAGCGCUGCUAUUAAAAACAAGUAUGUAAAUGUUGAAUAGUUGUAUGCCUUGUUUUCACUACCCGUAGCAGUGGAAACAAACAGACGGAGGGGCAUGCAGGACGAAGAUCUCCCAGAGGAUGAUCUUUGCGGCCAGCGAAAAAGGUCCACCUUCACACGUAGUAAUCGGGCUCUUUUCCAGGAAAAUACGGCUCUGGGAUUUUCCUUAAACUUCCACCAGUUUCCGUGUCAAGAGCACCAGCAAGCUUCUUGGGCGGUCCACACUCCAGGAGCUUUUGUGCCCUGUUCCUG